GCUGGGAGUAUCCCCUUAUGGCAGCCCGGAUGACAUGCGAUCAACAAAGAGGCCUCGUGUUCACUCUCUUUCGCCUACAGUCGUCGUCACUCCUGGCGUUGCAGUUGUGCAUUCUCCGUUGCCGCCCUUGUUGCCGUCUCCAGCGCGCCGUCCAUACACUCCAGUACACCCUCUGUCGGAUUUCGAUGCGUUGUGUUUUCCUGUGCUGUCGCCGCCAUUGCAACCUCGCCGUUUGGAGUUUCUGUCGUGUGCUGCGCAGCCAUUUCCUCCUCCACUUUUCGUUGGACGCAACGGGUUGGACUCCAUCCCCCUAGAGGGGUGUUCUCAAUCAUCAGGAGCGGUGUUUGGAAGUGGAGGGUCCACACUGCGUGACGGAGGACGUCGGAGUGUAGAACCGCGGGUCUCACAUUCAUUCGCCGCAUCAGGUCAUGGGCAGGGGGGUGUAUUGGAUGAUGCACAUCGUGCCUCUUCCGCCCGUCGCUCUCUCGUCUCCCGGUUCGACGAGGAUGACAAUGUGUGUGGUAGCGGAGAUAGGCCCGACCGUUUCGAUCCUGGCGCUCAAAAUCUUGGUACGGGUCGUUCUGAACACUCGGGCGGGUCUUUGGGCCAAUUCGAUUCGCAGUCAACUGGUUCCGCGAAGUACUCUCGUUUGUUCCUGACUACCGCUUGCAAGGAGAGACUGCGCCUUUUACAAUCUGCGAUGAAAGAAGUGAGCGACAAGUCUGGGGUCAUGAGCAAUGUCGUUGACCGACUGUUGCAUUGGUCAUUGCCAGCCAUCCGGUCAGAGUUCGGGGACGGUGUGGCGUCGAGGAUCGAGAGAACACUACCGGCCGACAGCCGUGCAAAUGUGUUUCGUCUCGGAGCAGGAGGGGAUGAUUCGACAGCAGACGCUGAGGAUGAUGGCGAGCGUGAGGGUGAAGGGAGCGGUGGAGGCAAUGGCAGGUCAUUUUGUGGGUCGGAUGAUUCACUACCUCUUUCAGGGCACGGGUCACAGCAUGGCCGCAGAUCGCGCGGGCGGCCACCAAGCCGUGGCAGGUCGCGUUCGCGUUUCGAACAUGUACGUCCUUUGUGCUGGGACGAUUCGAAGGAUGGUGCUCUGCAAACCGGACCUUGCAAUAAUCGGUCUGCACAUGUGUUGGAAUCGAUGGGGCACUGGGAAGGCUCGAAAGCGCCUGAUGUCGUCUUCGUGGAGCCGGUGAAGCUGCUGCAGUUGCUCGGGUUGUUUGAUUUGAGUUGCCCGCGCCACGGGGGCGGUUGUGCUGUGGAUGUGUCCUUUGUCGGUUAUCGUGGGCAGAUUUGUCGCAUUUCGCUCGCUUGUGAUAAGCCCUGUCGUUGGACAUGGCACAGUGCAUUGGUUGGGGGAGCUGUGUACUCUUGCAGACUUCAGCAGCAGUUGUUCUAUGCGACCGUCACUGCGGGUAUGACAUAUACCGUCCUCAAUGACUUCUGCAUCGCGUUUGGGGUGGCACCUGUGCACAAGCCCACUUUUUACAGUUGCAUGCGAGGUGAGCCGAAUGUGCGUGAGGGUUGGAAUGCAAAGGUUGUCAUGCAGAGCGUGCGGUAUUGCGACUUGGCCAUUGACACGAUUAUGCGAUCAGGGAGACCCGUCACUUUAAUGGUUGACGGUCGCUACGACUCGGGCAGGUCUGCGCAGCAUUGCACUGUUACCGCGAUUGAGUKUGAUACUCGUCUUGUGGUGGGUGUUCACACUCUUCGGCCAAAAAAUGAGGGAAAGGUGUCGAACCAACUUGAGGUUCCUGCUGUUGUGCGCCUGUUGAGAGGCCUGCUGUCGAGGGGGUUGAAGAUCCGGUGUGUUGUCUCCGACGAUUGUGCUGCAUUGGGUCCACAGUUGGAGCGCCUGGGUAUUGAAUGGCAGAAGGAUUGYCAUCAUAAGGUAAAAAACAUUCGCAAGGCACUUAGAAAAGUCGUGACACUGAAGGUGCCAAANUUCGCAAGGCACUUAGAAAAAGAUGAGGGCGGCGACUUUGUCACUCUGCACAAUGAUGUCAUGAUGAUCGCCAACCAUUGGGCCGGGGACGACUCCAGGUGCGUUGCGGACAGAGAGCUUCUAUGCUCUAAGGCGGGUGGCCCAUCUCGGCUGCCUCUGUACACGCACGACGACCCCGUGUAUGACAUCAUUCACCAGACGUUGGGAAGGCAUUGCAGCACGACCGUUUGUUCGUACUACACGGAGUUCCGUCACAUGUCGACGGUUGAGACCUUCCAGGGCACAAUCAUCAUUUACGCGAAGAAGGCCUUGCACUUCGAGAAGUCGUAUGAGCCGCGUUUGGCGAUUGCAGUCAUUCGAUGGAACAGUCAUGCAUGGCAGGAUCCCUUGGAGUAUCGUGUCCGCAGACCUUCUGGGACUUCGAUUCGUCCAAGGCCGAGCCACUACCGUCACAAUCGGCCACCUACCGAUUCGUGGAUGGAUCGGUUGUCCACGUUCGUCUUCGGUUCAAAAUGUGUUUCAGAUUGGGCUCGAUGCCUUCUCGAGUACGACGACUGUGAUGUGUCGAUCGAGGUCGGGUCCUCGACACCUCCUCUGCCUCGCGAUCUUUUUUGCAGAGGUGAGGAUACCAUUGCCCGUGACGAGGACGACGUUGCUUCAGGUGCGGAUCCCGACGUUGUGGGGGAUGACGAUGUUUUCAUCAUUGGCGACGGGGAUGGGUUGCCUGGACCGGCGGAUGCCGUGUCCGAUCGAUCAUGCGAUUCUCUAUUGGACGCAGAUGAUGUCGAGUUGUUCGACGACUGACAUCAUGUUAUGUCGUAGUACCUUGUACAUACGACUUUUAUGUUUUUCGGCU